AUGGCUUCCUCCCUGCCCUUCAUCCCUCGGGUGGUAUUCACCGUCAUCGAGCCUGUAUCGCUCCUCGCAGGCUUCGUCGGCGCCGUCCACGAUCCCGCCUGGUUCGUCGCCGAGCAGGUGCCCCAAGCGAUCCCGCCGCCUGCGGCCGCCUCCUUUGUCCCCGUGAGCAGCCUCGUCAUUGGCUGGCAGCUCGGGAACAUGUAUCUGCUCGUCGGCCUCGUCGGCCUCGCCGUCCUGCUCUCCACCUCCGAGGUCAAGGUCGUCCGCAACUACCUCGUCGCUCUCUGGAUCGGCGACAUUGGCCACGUAGCCGCGAGCUGUUACGGCUUGGGCCGCGAGCGCCUCGUCCAUCCCUCGACAUGGAACGCCAUGGCCUGGGGAAACAUUGCAGUGACGCUCUUCUUGUUCCUGACGCGCUCGGCCUAUUUCCUGGGUGCCUUUGGUCCCGACAGGCCACCAUUCAUCGCGGGCAAGAAAUCCUCGUAG